AUCGCCAGCGCCGCUCAGCUCCAUGACGUGCUUAUCUAUAAAGUCGGUCCUUUUCCCUGCUGACGUUAAAGACGGAACAUUGGCCAUGCCUCAGCUUGACCGCGAAGAGGGGAUUUGUUGAGUCCUGGCAACCCAGUAAUAUGACGCGCAUUCUGUGUGAUACAGUUGUGGUGAAAGCGGCGUCGAGUCGAUUUCACUGUCGCAGUUUUAUGCGCCGAACAGAGCGAUAAACGACGGGAAUGUGUGCGCACUGGUGUCCAGCGGCUCUGAAGGACAGCCUGGACAGCUAAUCUCCUCUCCCGGGACGGCUCUUCUGGAUUAGGUGCGUUCCUCUACAGCGCUGUGAGGAGCGAGGCAGAAGCGGAGCGAGCGGUAAUGGCACGAUGCCUGAUGGAGCUGGGCACUCGACAAGAGCUGCACGCAGCUGAUCCUGAUCUUCACUCGUCCUCCGCCAGGGAGUGGUGAAGGGUGUCUUCCUCUUCCCUUUCCCCUCCCCUCGUCCGACAUCAUCCCCUUUCCAACCUGCCCCACUCCCUUUUCUACAACCCUCACCCAGCCUGCCCCUGGCUCCUCUGCUUGCCCCUGAGAUGAUUGGCAAGCUGAAGCAGAACCUGCUGGUGGCCUGCUUGGUCAUCAGCUCGGUCACAGUCUUCUACUUGGGAAGGCAUGCUAUGGAGUGCCACCAGCGUAUCGAAGAGCGCGGACCGCCGCUGCUGGGCAGCCUGCAUGCCACGCUCCGCACAGGCAACAACCUCAGUAGUCCCUUCAUUUACAACAAGGACAUGCCCCUCAUCUUCAUUGGUGGCGUGCCUCGCAGUGGAACUACGCUCAUGAGAGCCAUGCUGGACGCCCACCCAGAGGUUCGCUGUGGCGAAGAAACGCGUGUCAUCCCUCGCAUCUUGGCCAUGAAGCAGAUGUGGAGCCGCUCAGGGCGAGAAAAGAUGAGACUGGAUGAGGCCGGAGUCACUGAUGAGGUGCUGGACUCGGCCAUGCAGGCCUUUCUCCUUGAGAUCAUCGUGAAACAUGGUGAACCAGCCACCUACCUGUGCAACAAAGACCCCUUUGCCCUCAAGUCCCUCACGUACCUAGCUAAGAUCUUCCCCCGCGCCAAGUUCAUCCUCAUGAUCCGCGAUGGUCGGGCCUCCGUCCACUCCAUGAUCUCCCGCAAGGUGACCAUUGCCGGUUUUGACUUGAACAGCUACCGGGACUGCCUCACCAAGUGGAACCGGGCCAUAGAGACCAUGUACACGCAGUGCCUGGAGGCGGCAGACAAGUGCCUACCCGUGCACUACGAGCAGCUAGUCCUUCACCCGGAGAAGUGGAUGAGGACACUGCUGAAAUUCCUCAACAUUCCUUGGAAUGAGGCCGUUCUGCAUCAUGAGGAGCUCAUCGGGAAAGCAGGAGGCGUCUCGCUCUCCAAGGUGGAGCGCUCCACAGACCAGGUGAUCAAGCCAGUCAACGUGGAGGCCUUGUCCAAGUGGGUGGGAAAGAUCCCAGUGGAUGUGCUGCGGGACAUGCCGGUCAUCGCACCCAUGCUGGCCAGGCUCGGCUACGACCCCCGCGCCAACCCGCCCAACUAUGGUCGGCCAGACCCACGCGUUCUGGACAACACUAGAAGGGUGUUUAAAGGUGAAUUUCAGCUACCUGAUUUUCUUAAAGAACAAUCACAGCUUCAAAAGUCUUCAGAAAAGCCAAACCCAAGUUAGGAGGAGGUGGAAAACUAGCAUGGAACACACCCAUAGAGGACUCAGCAGAAGCAGGAGCAGCGGGACCACGAUGGAGAUUCAUAAUCCCCGCUGGGACCACCUCUCUCUCUUUCUCACACACACACACAGACACACACACACACUGUGGUACUUCUAUGCCUACACAGACAGACACACUCAGACACACCACUCACUCACAGCCCCGUGGGCGCGGACCACUACAUGGAGAACUUUUGGCCUUUGAUGUUGUACUCUAACAAUUGUGGCCUAAGAAUGUCAUUGCUAUCUUGAUUUUUUUUUCCCUACAUUUUUUGGAUUUUUUUUGAUCACACCAUACUCAUACAUUUUUCCUGGCUACACAAAUCUGUGAUUCUGUUAUAAGAAAAUACAGUGAAUAGCAAAGGAAGUAUUUAUGAAAGAAAGUUAGCUUUUGAAGAUGCAAUAUCUAUUUUGAUGUUCGGUUUAUUUUCAUGCCUUUGUAAUGUGCAAUUCCUCGGGUGCUCCCAUGCAGGAUCACUGUCCGGAGACGUCAUCGGUGAAGAACACAAGACUGCAUUUUGUACCCUUCAUUCAAAAUAGAGUCUUUCAUGGCUGGAGAGCUGUAAUAAAUGAAUUGUCAGUAUUGAAGGCAAGAAAAUUGCUCGCAAUUUUUCCAUUGGAGGAAAAAUGGGAUGUCAAAGACAAUAUGCUUGAGUCUUUUUUGUACUGAAGUGCAAAACAUCAUUGCCAAUUUUUUGUUUGUUGUUUUUUGUGAAAUAAACACUUGAGCGCUGUAGGCUGCUAAUGUGCCCAGAACAGUAUCCUCUUAA